CACAGCCUCCUCCUUCUCUCCUCCUCCUCUUCCUCCUCCUCCCUCGCUCCCACAGUCAUGUCUGCUUAGACCGGAGCAGCCCCACAGCCAAGUCCGGCUGCCGUCUCCGCCACCGCAGCAGGGACAGCCGCCUCCGCUGUGAGCGAUGACAGGAGUGUUUGACAGAAGGGUCUCCAGCAUCCGAUCGGGCGACUUCCAAGCUCCGUUCCAGACGUCUGCAGCCAUGCACCAUCCGUCUCAGGAAUCGCCAACUUUGCCCGAGUCGUCGGCCACCGAUUCCGACUACUACAGUCCCACUGGGGGAGCCCCACACGGCUACUGCUCUCCUACCUCGGCUUCCUACGGCAAAGCCCUCAACCCCUACCAGUACCAGUACCACGGCGUGAACGGCUCGGCCGGGAGUUACCCCGCCAAAACUUACGCCGAAUACAGCUACGCCAGCCCCUACCAUCAGUACGGCGGAGCCUACAACCGCGUUUCGAGUGCCACCAGCCAGCCAGAAAAAGAAGUGGCCGAGCCGGAGGUGAGGAUGGUGAAUGGCAAACCAAAGAAAGUUCGUAAACCCAGGACUAUUUAUUCCAGCUUUCAGCUGGCUGCAUUACAGAGAAGGUUUCAGAAGACUCAGUACCUCGCCCUGCCAGAACGCGCCGAGCUGGCGGCCUCGCUGGGACUGACGCAGACGCAGGUAAAAAUUUGGUUUCAGAACAAAAGAUCCAAGAUCAAGAAGAUCAUGAAAAACGGGGAGAUGCCCCCGGAGCACAGCCCCAGCUCCAGCGAUCCUAUGGCUUGUAACUCCCCGCAGUCGCCAGCGGUGUGGGAGCCCCAGGGGUCAUCCCGCUCUCUCAGCCACCACCCUCACGCCCACCCUCCGACCUCCAACCAGUCUCCCGCGUCCAGCUACCUGGAGAACUCCGCUUCCUGGUACCCAAGCGCAGCCACCUCAAUCAAUUCUCACCUGCCGCCGCCCGGCUCCUUACAGCACCCGCUGGCCCUGGCCUCCGGGACGCUCUAUUAGGUGGGCUGCUCUCCUGCGUGCUCCUUUUUGGGACUACUGUUUUGCCGUUUUAGAAAAUCAUAAAAGAAAGGAAUUCAUAUGGGGAAGUUUGGAAAAUGGAAACAGAAAGAUUCAUGUGUAAAGCUUUUUUUUUUUUUGCAUGUAAGUUAUUGCAUUCAAAGGACCGCUCUCCCCGUUUUUUACAAACGAACUUUUUUGCGCAACUGUGGACACUAUCAAAGGUGCCUUGAAAUCUAUGACCUCAACUUUUCAAAAGACUUUUUUUCAAUGUUAUUUUAGCCAUGUAAAUAAGUGUAGAUAGAGGAAUUAAACUGUAUAUUCUGGAUAAAUAAAAUUAUUUCGA